AUGAAGGUUGCAGAGCUGAGUAUACUCGGGGCGUCGGGGGUGCGAUGGCAGCAGGCAAUAAAGGAUAAAGGUGAUGGUGAUGGUGAUGAUGAUGAUGAUGGUGAUGCUAAAUCAGAGGUGGAAAUGCCUAUGCAAGGAUUAAUGAUUUUGGUAACCUUAACUGAAAUGCUACAAGUAGACCAGAGAGCAUGGAGAAAUCAUGUGACUGCCGCAGUGACCUCUGCCCAGAAGUCCAGUCAGAUUGGGAGCUCUCAGUUACUAAAGAGACAUGUUCAGAGGACAGAAGCUUUGCUGACCCACAAACAAGCCCAAGUUCCCAUUUCCUCAGAACCAACUGAGGAAGCAGAGAAAGAAGAUCUUAGGGUCCAGCUGAAGCAGCACCAUCCUUCCAGCCCUCUUCCUGGCAGCAAAGCCCCCAAGCGACCAAAGAUCAAGGUAUCCCUUAUCUCCCAAGGAGAUGCAGCUGGAGGGCCAUCUGCCCCUUCCCAGGGAGGAGCCUCAGAAGUCUCUGGAGGGAAGCCCAUCACCAUGACCCUGGGCCAAGCUUCAGCAGGGGCCAAGGAGCUCACGGGCCUUCUCGCCUCAGCCAAAUCAAGUACAUCUUCUGAAGGGGUCCUUUCAGCCAGCCCGGCCUCCUCAGUGGUCUCCAGCAGCACUGCACCUCGUGCCUUGCACACACUCCAGAGCCGCUUGGUGGCAACCUCGCCUGGCAGCUCCCUCCCAGGGGCCACCUCAGCCAGCAGCCUUCUCCAGGGUCUCAGCUUCAGCCUGCAGGAUAUCAACAGCAAGACCUCUGGCCUCCCAGCAAGUCCCUCCCCAGGGCCAGCCCCACAGGCCACCGGGAUGAAGUUACCCACUCCUAUGCAGAGCCUGGGCACCAUCACCACAGGCACCAGCACCAUUGUCCGCACCAUCCCUGUGGCCACCAGUCUGUCCUCAUUAGCUGCUACUCCCAGUGGGAAGCCGACAGCCAUCCACCAGCUGCUGACCAAUGGGGGCCUCGCUAAGCUGGCAAGCAGCCUUCCAGGCCUGGCUCAGAUCUCUAACCAAGCAUCAGGUUUAAAGGUUCCAACCACCAUCACACUGACGUUACGUGGCCAGCCGAGCAGAAUCACCACCUUGAGCCCCAUGGGCUCAGGAGCAGCCCUGUCAGAGGAUCCCCCCGCCCAAGUUCUGCCCUCCACUUCACAGCGCCUGCCUCCAGGACCCUGA